CAACCCUUUCUCUCAUCCACAAAAGAAGUCAGUUUUCGGCCCACUGUUAGAACAGUAUUAAAAUCAAAAGGGCAGUCGCAGCAGGAUUAUCUGCAAAAUUACAAAUGGGUCGCGUGGCUUCAAACCCGGUUAGCCUCCAUAGAUCCCGGCCAUGUUUCCAAACUCCUCGACUUCCCCACUACGUUAAGCCCACUCUCCACUUCCCAAACCACCACCGCCGAUUUCCGACCGUUUCUUGCCAGCAAACCCCCAACCCACCUGACCCCUCCACAACGGAGAAGUCGGUUGCUGAGCCAGGCUCUGUCAGUGAUAGCAGUAGUCAAGCUACGACUUCCUCUACGAGCUCUGGCCCUCCGGAAUUUCCAAACAAGAAUACCAACAGGCAAGUAGCGGUGGUUUCCACUCUUGCGGCGGUCGUGCUUUUCUUAUCAGGAAGACGAUUUGGUGUUUCUUUGAAGGACCUAUCUCUUGCUGCAUUACCUUAUGAAGAGGCUCUUUCGAAUGGGAAGCCUACUGUUGUCGAGUUCUAUGCCGAUUGGUGUGAAGUAUGCAAGGAAUUAGCUCCAGAUGUGUAUAAAGUUGAGCAGCAGUACAAGGAUCGUGUAAAUUUUGUUAUGCUGAAUGUUGACAACACAAAGUGGGAACAAGAGCUUGAUGAGUUUGGUGUUGAGGGUAUUCCACACUUUGCAUUCCUAGAUAAAGCGGGAAAUGAAGAGGGGAACGUAGUAGGCAGGCUUCCAGAAAAGUACCUGCUUGAGAAUGUGGAUGCUCUUGCCCGUGGAGAAGCCUCCAUACCUCAUGCUCGUGUAGUGGGGCAGUUUUCAAGUGCUGAAGCCAGAAAGGUUCACCAAGUUCCUGAUCCAAGAAGUCACGGAUAGGUGCUCACUAAUUUUGGAGAAGAACCCAUCAGGUUGUUAAAGGAAUUACAUAUAAAGGGGAGGCUGAAUCUCGAUACUAUUUGACCUGCAGGUUAAACAUCGCCGAAUGAUACUAGUUGCUGCCAGUCCUGUUCAUAUGCCUCUUGUGAGUUACUUGGCUUACUCUUGCGACUCAGUUUUCAACUUGCACUUCAAUUGUAAAGCCCCGUAGAGGAAGAGAAUCCUUGCAUUGCAAAUUUAUUACUUUGCUAAGACAUCUUUCAUACUAUAUACCUUACUUGAAUAAAUUCUUUGUGGAGUUCCUCUACCAUAUUGGACACCCCAUAAAAUACAACUAAUAGAAAUUGAUGGUUUUGAUAACAA